UCAUGUGACCCCGCCCUUUGAGGAACUUAAGGACCAGGGAGUUCUGGCAACGGCAGAGACAGAGCAGUUAGACACACCUGUUGUUUGGGAGCGGGUGGCUCGAAACAAAAGAAAAUAUUUGCCGGACCAAGUGGAUUUUCAAGGUGUGCGGGUCGAGGCGAACAUUGGAAAAUGGCUCUUGAUGAAAUAAAGUCCACGGCUGCGCUCAUCUAUGAUGAGUUCAUUCAAAAUGCAGAUUCCAGGACAGAGAACUGGUUCCUCAUGCCAUCUCCUGUCCCCCAAACCAUCAUUAUUGUGGCAUACAUUUACUUUGUGACUUCACUGGGGCCCAGAAUAAUGGAGAACCGCAAAGCCCUCGACCUCAAAAGAGUCCUCAUCGUGUACAACUUCAGCGUGGUGGCUCUCUCGCUCUAUAUGUGUUAUGAGUUUGUGAUGUCAGGAUGGGGAACGGGAUACUCAUUUCAAUGUGACGUGCUAGACUAUUCUGAAUCGCCACAAGCAAUGAGGAUGGCAGCAACGUGUUGGCUUUACUACUUCUCAAAGUUUAUUGAAUUGUUGGACACAAUCUUCUUCGUCUUGAGGAAGAAAAACAGCCAGGUGACGUUUCUUCAUGUCUUCCAUCACUCCAUUAUGCCCUUCACCUGGUGGUUUGGUGUCCGUUUUUCACCAGGUGGAAUGGGGACAUUCCAUGCUCUUCUGAACUGUGUGGUUCACGUCAUCAUGUACACGUACUAUGGGCUGACUGCCAUGGGCCCCAAAUACCAAAAGUACCUGUGGUGGAAGAAGCACCUCACAUCCGUCCAGCUGAUCCAGUUUGUCAUGGUGACCAGCCACAUCUCCCAAUAUUUCUUCUUGAAGGACUGCCCCUACCAGUUCCCCAUCUUUAUUUACAUAAUCUUCCUGUACGGCGUGAUUUUCCUGCUUCUCUUCCUCAACUUCUGGUACCACGCCUACACGAAGGGCAAGAGGCUGCCGAAGGUGCUGCAAGCCCAGACAUGGGCACACCACACAAACGGAGUCAUGAAUGGAAACGCCAAUCACGACAAGGAUGAGUGACGCAGGAUUAUUGGUUUAGUGGCUUUGAGAUCGUUGGCGCACAAAAGCCAUUGUUGUAGCCUGGGAUUCAAUGCUUUGGACUGCCGGACAAGUUCCUUUUCUCUACUUGCAACUGUAAGACAAUCCCUAUGACCAAAGGUUAAACAUAUUCAGUUAACUUAAGCAACAGGUUUUAACUACCCCCCCUCCCCCCCUUUUUUUGUUUUGUUUACUAGUUAUAACUCAGAUGUAUACAUUUUUAAUACCCCUGCUAAAAUAUAAUUCAGUCUUUGGCCAUGAAGCAUUACCAAAGAAAAUAUUGCCAGGCUUUAAAAGUUAAAGACAGUGGUGCUGUGCUUAAAACCAUUUUUACUUUUGUGACUCUAUCGUUCUUCUCAGACUUUAAAAGAUUAACAUUUUUAAAGUUGUGCACUACCGUUCACGCUAAAUAUCAACAGUUCUGGUUAAGUUUGUUUGUAUUCUACUCUUUUAAAGUUCUACAUCUCCGCAUGCACAUCGCUUACUGUUACCAGACCUCUCCAUACUGAUCACAGCUGCUGAUUGAACAGAUGAGCACUGAAGAGCAUCUUUAUUUUGUACAGCAGGUAUUUUUUUUUUGCUUUUAUUUUGAACUCUAUGAAGCAUUGGUAUGUUACACAUGUAAGAUGACCGGGACGGAUCACUGUUGUUCUUGUAGGAUCCAUAGCAGACCUUCAUUUUACUGAGGCAUAUUGCAAUACAACACUUACAGGAAAUGGUUGUUCAGUUUAAGUGCGAACAAUUUAAUUUUCCUGCAUUUUAGCUGUGUGCUAAUGAAGUCUUCAGAUUACUCAGACCAGCGUCUUUGACUCUGGACUGUUUAUGUCUGACAUGAUCUUGAACAAGGAAGUGAAUGUAAAUUUAUUCUGCUGGUAACUGAGGACACAUGAUUCAACUUUAUGAAAGAGGUUCACUUUUUUUUUUUUUUGUCAUUUUU